UUCUUCACGCAAUGUGUUUGAGUGAGCAGGAAUACAUUAGGAAGCCAAAAGAUGAAACGUGUAAAAAACUAAUUUUAAAAUUUUGUUUUGCCAAACUAACACUAGCAGAGUCACCCUGUGAAAUUUCUUCAAUUAUCAAAUGAUAACAAAACAAAUCGUUCGGUGGUUGACGUUUUUGUGCAGUGUUUUGUCAGCCGUCUGGAAUUUGCACAGUUCCUUUUUAUCAAUAAUAUAUCACCUUCCACCUAUCCCUUGAACCGGAAACGUUGGUAAAAGAAUCCGCUGGGACAAUAUCGAGCCAACCCACAUUUGCUGUAUGCGGUGCAGCCAAUUACAAUGCACCGAACCGACCUGCGAACGAGCUGAAAAUUAGUGCAAUACAGUGCAACACGGCCCAAGGCAAAACAGGCAAGGUUGAUACGACGAAGAAAGUGAAUGUGCCGAGCGAAAACACGAAAAUCAAGGAGGCAGAGCGGCAACCGUGCUGGAGCGCUGGAGAUUAAGCAUAGCAACAGAUUUAUUUAAAAACAGGUGGCCAUGGGUGGUGCAUCGUUACGCGAUUGGGUUUGUUUUGUGUUUCUGGCAUUGGCCACCAUUCCGUGGGCCAACUGUGGCCUUGACGAGGUACGUAAGGAAGACCCACGUUUGGUGUCGGAAGCAUCGGAACUAUCCGGAAUUGAAAAGUGUCCUCGCAUGAUGCAUUACGUGUUUGAAGGCUACGCACCUAUCGGUAAUAAAAAUGCCGGAAACUUUACGGAAAUUUCGAAGGCCACCACGCUGGAAGAGUGCGUAAGGGAUUGCUGUAUGAAGGGAUCGAAUUGUCACACUGCUUUCAUAUUUAAUCAAACCUGUUAUCAUGUCAAGUGCAUCAGCAAUGAUUUGUGCCUUCCGGCGAAAAAAGAAACGACCUCCACGUUGCGCAUGGUGCUGGUGAAUCCGAUCGAGGAUGGAUCGCUGGUGGAAACGAGCUGGUGGGAGGUGUUAAAGAAAGCACAACAGAAACAACUGCUGGCGGCGAACGGUGCGGUUCCUCCCGUUCGGAUAUCGGACGAUGAUGGGGAGGAAAACUUGCUGGGCAAGCUGACGGAAAUGUACAACCUUGCGAAUGGCGGACAGAGGGCACGGGGCGAAGAAAAGUACGGACUCCCAUCGGUGGAGGAUAUUUACCGCGGUCCGUACAAAUCGCUUGACUACGGUACCCCUGGAGCAGGGUUCGAGAAGUACGCUAACAACUACAUUCGCGAUCAGUACGAUGAGGAAGCGGACGAGAGCAAAUACUAUUCCGAGACGAAAGCGCUCGGUUCGAUGCGGCCGUGUGAUGUGACACGCGAAGACUCGUGUCCACGGAACGAAGUGUGUUUGCGUGUUGUUCCAAACCUGCGGCAUGGUUUUUGUGCCUGUCCGGAAGGAUUUGAACGAAGCGAAAAGGAUGUUUGUCUCACGAAGGAACAGUUGGCGGAGCAGCAACAACAGCAAGUAGUCCCCCAGAUGUUAUCUGCGCAGAAGCUAACAAUGGGCAUUGGGAACGGGGACACGGAAGUGGAUCCUCCACAGUCAGCGAUACAUUCGAGCACCACGAAAGAGCUCACCGUUUCGGUCGCAUCGAAGGAUGUCCGGCUGCCGACCAAUGAGGCUACGCUUUCCGCGUACGUAAUACCGGACGAGAAAACGAGCGGAGACAAGUACAACUACUUGUGGACGUUGGUAUCGCAGCCGAAAGGUGACAGUAACAGCACGAUAGCAGAUCAAACGAAAUCGAUCGCAAAGCUGUCCGGGCUGGCGGAAGGAUUGUAUCAGUUCAAGGUAACGGUCAGCGGUCAGAACGGUUCGUACGGUGAAGCGUUCAUGAACAUCACCGUACUGCCGGAGCAGAAAAUUAACAAACCUCCGCGUGCGGUAAUAACGCCAGCUAAUCAACCCGUUCGACUGCCCAACCAUGAAGCGAUUCUCGAUGGCAGUGCUUCAAGCGACGAUGUAAAAAUCAUCCGCUGGCAGUGGGUGUUAGCACAGGGACCGCUCGGUUAUCAGCCCGAGCUACCGGAGGUGAGCACGCUCCAGCUGAAAGAUUUAACGAUCGCCGGCAACUAUACGUUCAAUCUGACCGUUGUGGAUGAGCAGGGUUUGAGCAAUAGUACGACGGCCAUCAUACAGGUGCUAAAGGAGAUAGAUUACCCACCGGAAGCGAAUGCGGGUAAAAACGUAAUUCUGUACCUACCGAACAAUAACGUCACGCUGAAUGGAUCACUGUCGAAGGACGACAAUGGAAUCGUGGCCUGGGAGUGGACCAAGAUCAGUACCAACCAAUCGAAGGCGGUUGAUAUGCAGAACACGAGGACACCGUUUUUGCAGCUGUCCAACCUAGAAGAGGGUGUGUACGCGUUCGAGUUGAAGGUGACGGAUGCUAAGAACCAAAGUUCCACCUCGAUGGUGCACGUGUUCGUGAAACCACCAACAAACCGUCCACCGGUGGCAAAGGCAGGUGUAAACGGUACUACGAUCUAUCUGCCUCAAACCUGGGUCGCGCUUAAUGGGAGUGAAUCGAGCGAUGAUAUUAAAAUCAUCACCUACUACUGGCAGCAGAUAUCGGGACCGAAUACGGCGUUGAUCGAGAACGCGAAUGCUUCCAUAGCGAAUGCAACCGCCAUGACGAUAGGGGAUUACGUGUUCGAGCUGAUCGUUUCGGACGAGGCGAACAACAAUGCAAGCGAUCGGGUACGCAUUACGGUGGUGCAGGAAAAGAACACAGCCCCGAUUGCGAAUGCAGGGGGCGAUCAGACGGUAACACUGCCCACGAACAUACUCGUGCUGAAUGGAAGCCGAUCUAGUGAUGAUCUUGGCAUCGCUCGGUACAGUUGGACGCGGGAACCGAGCAGUUUGGCGAUGGGCACAAUAAUCGGUGAUAGCGAUAGUAAACCGGUUCUGAUGUUAACGAACAUCGUUACUGGACGGUACGUGUUUAAGUUGACUGUAUACGAUGGACAAGGCCUGUCCGCAUCUGACACUGUGAGUAUCAUAGUACAUCCAGAUCCAUUGCUGAUGAGCUUGGUUGAGGUAACGAUUACAACUGAAGCAACCGUACUGACUGCAACCGAGUUGGAUUCGAUCGAACAAAAGCUGACCCUGCUAAUUGGUGACAAUAUGGCGAAAUUACACGUUAGAGAACUGAAAGUGGAACCAAGAACGGGACAGGUGGUGAUUGUAUUUUACGUGGAGAAAAAAUAUGGUCUCGAGGAUAAAGACAAACAGGAGCUAAUGCCAGCGCUCGAAGUUGAGCGAAUACUGAAGGAAAAGUUUUGGCGUGACUAUACUAUACUGGGAACGUCGGUAGUUGGCAUACGCACGACCGUAUGUCAGAACGAAUGUUCCGGACAUGGAGUUUGUAAUGCGGAAACACGCGAAUGCAUCUGCCAAAGCUUUUGGAUGCCGGAUAUUUUUUACUUUUGGGGUAUUGCAGAAGCAAACUGUGAUUGGUCCAUACUGUACGUGAUUGUUGGUGUACUGAUAGUGUUUUUUGUACUAUCCGGAAUCUGUUGGGGUAUUACCUGUUUUUGCCGAAGGUCGGCAAAACCACGCACGAGACCAAAGCCGCAAAAGUAUUCUCUGCUGCAAACGCACGAUGAAGAAUUGCCUUCAUUCAAUCGCGCGGGAACAACCAUUUCCGACAGCGAAACCGAUUCGGACGUGCUGUUCGAGAGCCGCUCACGACAAAACGGACUCUUGCCGGGACGAUCCGGCAACGGCGGCUUACCAAAUGGUGAGCUAAGAAACGGUGCUGGCAGUCAUCCUAAGUACGGUGUUACGCGUCUCGGACGGCGUAUAAAAGCUUAAGUCAAGGAAGUGAAUACGAACCACAAUUGAGUGGUUCACACAGUGAGGAAAUAUGAAAAAAAAGAAGCAACAGUCGAUAACUAUUACAAUGCCACUGGUGGGAAAUGAGGCUAAAAACCUGGUGCGUUGGAUACAACUAGUCUGAAGAAAUUUCUUUACCAAUACGUUCCUAAUGCGCUUGUAGUGAUUUUGUAAAGUAUGUAUGUAUAACAAACAUUUAUUUGAGACACUUUAAUCUUACAUGCUUUCCCCCAUUCCAUCUUUAGUACUUUUGUUUUUGUUUUGUUAAUAUAAUUGUUUCAUUUAAUUUUAUUAAACGUAAACUACAGCUAUCCUUGUCUAACUUCGUAUUUCUUUCGAAACAUUCUAGUAUGAUACGUGCUUUAAGAAGUAUAAGUAAUUGUAAUAACCAAUGUGAUUCACAAGCCAUCGAAGUAAUCAAGUAAGCAUUCUCAAUGCUAAGACUCGGAACGAACUGCUUACGAUUAACAAAGGAAAGACAACAUAAUUUCAGUUUGAGGCUCACACGAUAAGUCCGGUCAAGAAAUUGGACUUAAAUUUAUUAACAAUCUUUGUUCCUUGCUUAUGAAUGGUUGCAUUUAUCAUACCGAGGGUAGUGAGGAUUUUAAAUUAAUCCUAUCACUGUUUGCGAUACAGCCACGUAACACAGGAAAUAUGUUCGUAGAAGGGUUUGCUUAUGAGUGUUGUUCUUUUUUUUUAAUGUCUUCAACCAUAACAUAUUCCGUACCUUUAGUAAGAGAAAUAACACAAAACAAAAUACGCACACAUUGCAAAUUGGAGUGCAAGUGAACAGGUAAAAAAAGUAUUAAUACAGAAGCGUAACGCCGUACCCGUACCAAAUCGGGCUGUGAGGAAAGGCGCCAUUCGCAACAGAAUCAAUUGGUGGACGAUGAAGAUGCGUGGGGAUCGUUAUAAGUAUUUGCCGGAUCCGAGUAUCAGUUUGAUCAGGACUCGGUAAUGUUUGGUAGUAUUAGAAUGGGCAACAAAACGAUCGUAUUCUGACCGGCAUCUGACCGUAUCUGAAAGGAGUAAUGAUGAACUAAUGUGUGCAUCAUUGAGUAUAAAGACAUGCGUUGCGAUACAGGAUAAAAAAGGAUGAAAAAUAUAAUAUGAACACAAA